GGAAAAGGUAGUUGCUCCGUCUCAAGUUGAUGACGUUUACAAUUUCUAUUUACUGAGGAACUGCUAGCAGGUUUCGUAGGAGCAACUGUCUUUCAAAACACAUAUUUUCACUCUUCUAACAGGGCCGCAGUCUUGGGCCCCAGAGGCAGCAGCAGAAAUAACUUGGAUGGAGUGAGUGUGGCGCCCUAGUGAGAUGACUGACCAGGGCAACAACAACCAGAACAUCUCCUGCAACCCUUUCGCUGCCCUCUUCAGCUCGCUGGCUGACGCCAAGCAGUUUGCAUCAGGCCAGAAACCACAGCAGCAGUCUGCCGAACCACCAUUGGAGGACUCAGGAGAGAGCCAGUCAGAGUCGGAGAACUCUGUUUCAGACAGCAUUGAUGACAAUGACGACUCGGUGGCAGAGAUCAGCCGGUCGUUUCGCUCCCGUCAGGAGCUGUGUGAGCAGCUCAAUGUCAAUCACAUGAUCCAGCGAAUAUUCCUCAUCACGCUGGACAACAGUGACCCCAGUCUGAGAGGAGAUAAUGGUAUCCCUCCUCGCUGUGUAUACCUGGAGGAGAUGGCUGCAGACCUGGAUGGACAGGACUGGCUGGACAUGGACAACAUAGAGCAGGCUCUAUUUAGCCGUCUGCUGCUACUGGAGCCUGGAAAUCACCUUAUCUACAUGACCUCCUGUAGUGCUGUCAAUCUGUCUGCUGACCGUGAUGCUGGAGAGAAAUGUGCCAUCCCUUACCUGUAUGCAUGCUACCAGAGGGCGAAGGAGGAGGUGACAAAAGUACCAGAGAAGCUGCUGUCGUUUGCUGUGCGCUGUAAGAACCUGACAGUGUCUAACACGCGGACGGUUCUGCUCACCCCAGAGAUUUACAUCAGCCAGAAUGUGUAUGAACAGCUCCUGGACCUGCUGCUGGAGGGCGUCAGUGGAGCACAACCAGAGGAGGUGGUUGAGUUUGUGGAGGAGGUCAUUGCUGGCCUGCUCUCUGACCAGGAAGUGCGUACCUUCGGGGAGGUGAUAGUACCAGUCCUUGAUAUCUUCCAGGGGCGCAUCAAAGACUUGGACCUGUGCCAGCCUCUCCUCUACUCUUACCUAGAUGUCCUCCUUCUCUUCAGCCACCAAAAAGAUAUUGCCAAGGUGUUGGUGGAGCAUAUCCAGCCCAAAGACCCAGCUAAUGGUUUGCAGUACCAGAAGAGCCUGCUGGGGGCAGUACUAAAUAUCUCCUGCUUGCUGAAAACCCCAGGUGUUGUGGAGGGACACGGCUACUUCCUCAACCCCUCCCGUUCCAGUGCACAAGAGACAAAAGUCCAGGAGGCCAACAUCCACCAGUUUAUGGGCCAGUUCCAUGACAAGCUGCACCAGAUCCUGAAGAACCUGCUUCAACGCUCUGGCGAGACGCGCCACCUGCUCCUCUCUUGGUUGGGUGGCUGUCUGCAGGCCAAUGCUGGGCGUACCAAGAUAUGGGCCAAUCAAAUGCCAGAGAUCUUCUUCCAGAUGUAUGCCUCAGAUGCGUUCUUCCUAAACUUGGGUGCAGCAUUGCUAAAGCUGUGCCAGCCCUUCUGUCGGCCGCGUUCGCCCAAACUGCUCACCUUCAACCCCUCCUACUGCGCCCUCAAAGACCUGAGUGAAGAAGAGAGGCGAAAUCGCAAUGUGCAUGCCAGAGGUCUCGACAAGGAAACCUGUUUGAUCCCUGUCCCCCCUCAGCAGGCAGUGGAGUCGGCCCAGUCCUACAGCCUGCUGACUGAAAACCUCAUCCUCACACAGCUCACCCUACACCUCGGCUUCCACAGACUUCAUGAGCAGAUGGUGAAGAUGAACCAGUCUCUCCACCGGCUCCAGGUCACAUGGCAGGAAGCCCAGCGAACAGGCAGCCCAAUGUCCGAGCAGCUCCUGGAGCAAUUUGAACGCUUAAUGAUCAUUUACUUAUCUAGCAAAGCUGCUGCCACACAGCCUGCCAUGCUGCAAUGCUGCCUGAAUCUCCAGGCCUCCUCUGCUGCUCUGCUGGUUCAGCUCGGUCUGGGAAACCAGGGGCCUGAACACAUACCUCUCAGCUUUCCUCUGCCCUCCCUACAGAAUAGCAUGCUCUGCUAUGUACCGGAAUUUUUUGCAGAAAACCUGGGAGAUUUUUUCAUCUUCCUGCGUCGAUUUGCAGACGAGGUUUUGGAGUCCUCUGCUGAAAGUCUAGAGCAGAUCCUCAACUUCAUCACUGUCUUCAUGGGCAAUGUAGAGAGGAUGAAGAACCCUCACUUACGGGCAAAACUGGCAGAGGUUUUAGAGGCAGUGAUGCCCCACAUGGAACCUGUAGCUCCUGGCACUGCUCAGCCAAUCAUGUUCCAGCGAGAGAGAGUCUUCUGUUCCUAUAGACAUGCACCUCAGCUGGCUGAGGCCCUCAUCACUGUGUUUGUAGACAUUGAGUUCACCGGUGAUCCUCACCAGUUUGAACAGAAAUUUAACUACAGAAGGCCCAUGUAUCCCAUCCUCAAGUACAUGUGGGGCAAAGACAACUACAGAGAGAGCAUCAAGCAUUUGGCUGACUAUGCUUCUGAGAACCUGGAGGCCAUGAACCCCCCCUUGUUCCUGAGGUUCCUCAACCUGCUGAUGAAUGAUGCCAUCUUUCUGCUGGAUGAGGCUAUUCAGUACCUGAGUAAAAUCAAGCUUCUGCAGCUGGAGCGGGAUCGAGGGGAAUGGGAGGGCCUGGCUCCUGACGCCCGAAGAGAGAAGGAGUCGAGCUUGCAGAUGUUUGGACAGCUUGGACGCUUCCACAAUAUCAUGUCCAAUGAGACCAUCGGCACACUGGCCUUCCUCACCUCAGAGAUCAAGGGCAUCUUUGUGCACCCCUUCCUGGCUGAGAGGAUCAUCUCCAUGCUCAACUACUUCCUGCAGCACCUGGUGGGUCCCAAGAUGGGUGCUCUAAAGGUCAAGGACUUCAGUGAGUUUGACUUCAAGCCCCAGCAGCUCGUUUCAGACAUCUGUACCAUCUACUUGAACCUGGGUGAUGAAGAGAACUUCUGCGCCACAGUACCUAAAGAUGGCCGGUCGUACUCUCCAACCCUCUUCUCUCAGACGGUCAGGGUCCUGAAGAAGAUCAACAAGCCUGGAGACAUGAUUGUAGCUUUUGGACUUCUUGCAGACAAAAUCAAGUCCCAUGCAGACAGACAGCAGCAGGAAGAGGAAACAUACUCAGAUGCCCCAGACGAGUUCUUGGACCCCAUCAUGUCCACCCUGAUGCUGGAUCCUGUUCUGCUCCCCUCUUCCAAUGUAACAGUAGACCGCUCAACCAUAGCAAGGCAUCUACUCAGUGACCAGACAGACCCAUUCAACCGCAGUCCUCUCACUAUGGACCAGAUCAGGCCAAAUGAGGAGCUCAAACAGCAGAUCUUACAGUGGCUGGAUAAGCAUAAGCAGGAGAGGCUGCAGCUGGGACCGAGCGGCUAGCCUCGAUAUCUCUCUGUGAUAAACAAUGACUGCAUCACUGUUUUCUUUCCUCGCCCACACUACUAGUGUGCUCCUCUGCUUCUCGGCCAAUCCAUGGUGUGUUCGCCUCUGUGGAUUCCCUCAGAUUUUUCCAGUGCGAAGUGACAUUUCAUCAGCCUCUCACACAGCCUUCAUGUUCAAGGGAAAAUCCCUACUUAUGACAGCAGUCAAAACAAACUCUAGCCCACAGAGUGUUGACACGUUCAGAAUCCACACAUAUUAGCUGUUGUGCUCCCAUGAUGCCCUAUGGUAAACAUUAGUGGUGUGAUACGGCCUCUGGCUCUUCGAUCCCUGAAUACUGUGUAUUAUCAGUUAUUAUUAUACUCUGAACUAUAGCCAGACGUAUCGGUUCAACAGGACUUGUUGAAUGUACUGAAUUAACUCCCGACUGACCAGCUGGUCUGCCAAAACAAGAUUUUAUACUGCAGAGUAAGUAUUUUUGGGAACUCUGAUGGCAGAAAAUGGAAACUUGUCUGAUUUGAUUUGUCGACAUUCAUACAGAAUACACCAUAUAUCUAUAUGCAGUGGUCAUCACUCUCUGUUGAAUUUACAUUUACCAGAAUAACUAAUUUAUCCUAGUCUAGCAUUUUAAAAAGAAUUAAUUUGUUUUUAUGCAAGCAUAAUGUAUGUACGAACAUGUCAAGCAGUUCUUCAUCAGUGGAAUCGGUGCCUAAAACCAAGAGCCUUGCAGAAAUGUCAGUGAAUGAAGAUUGGACUUAUUUCAUACUGUUGACACAUUAUUAUUAGUUUGCUUCUUUGAGGCAUAUGGGGAACUGUGGGUAGAAUAUAAAAUAAAGUCAGAAAGAGCAGCAAAUACUUGUUUGAGUAGCUUUUUGGAUUUGAAGGUUUUUAAUGCAAGAAAGUUAAGUGAUUGUUGUAUAAAAGAGAAGUAUGUGAAGGAAAGAAUAUGUAUUUGUUGGCAUGCAUUCAUACUGUAUGUUGAGUAUCUACCACCUGAAUGAUUACAUGGGUUAAAUUAUAAUGCAAUAUUUUUGCUUUAACUGUGAUUAUAAAAUGAUUAUUUUGGAUGUACAGUAUGAUUAAGAAAUAAUAAAAAUUACAAUUGCGUGUU